CAGGCACUUGGCAGCACCAAUGGCAGCUGUCAGGUGACAGCCCAAAUGUCCAUGGGCUCCCCCUGCCCCCUCAUUUCUCCUACUCCAACCACACCAAGAAGCAGCAAGGAACCCAGAGCAGACAGGACCCCAAGCCCGUGGUCCCCCCGAUCCUGGACCAGCCAUUUACACCCAGCAGACACCAUUGCUGAAAACCCAGAGUGGGAGGUAACUGGCUCCUUCCUGCUCCCGAGCCCCCUUCACUGCUGCUACAGGAGAGUGGUUCCUCCCCCAAGCCCCCUGCCCAGCACCAUGGUGGGGCAGAGCCCCAGAGGGCCCAUGGAGGGCAGACCUGCUGUCCUGUUGGAGCCCUUCAUCCACCAGGUUGGUGGCCACAUGAGCAUGAUGAAGUACGAUGAGCAGACAGUCUGCAAGCCCCUGGUCACGCAGGAGCUGAGCUUCUACGAGUCGCUGCCCUUGGCCAUGAGGCAGUUCACCCCCCAGUACAAAGGCGUUGUGUCUGUGCACCUCAAGAAGGACAGCCUUGGCAACCUGACCCUGCUGGCCAGCCCCAGCCUGCAGCCUGAGGGCUGUGGCCUCCUGGACAAAGCCAUUGGGGACUCCUCAGUGACAAUCUGGCACAAGUGCUCCUGGGCUGCCAGCACCAGCACGGAGCACACGCUCCACAGGUGGAGUCACUCACAGCUCACCAAGACCUUCAAGGACAGCUGCCCGGGGAAGAUGCUCUUGAGGACAGACCUUCAGUACCACAAAGAUUCACUUUUGGAAGAUGCAAAAGGAAAGCAGCCAGAAAGAAACAGCUACAACCCCUGGGGACUGCACUGUCACAGGCAGCACCUGAACCGCAUGUCCUCCAAGCACAACGAGAACAAACUUCAUCAGUUUCUAUUGCUUGAAAAUGUGGUAUCCAAAUACAACUAUCCCUGCAUCCUGGAUUUAAAGAUGGGAACCAGGCAGCAUGGAGAUGAUGCCUCAGAGGAGAAGAAAGCCCGGCACAUCAAGAAGUGUGAACAGAGCACCUCGGCUUCCCUGGGCGUCCGGAUCUGUGGGAUGCAGGUUUACCAAGCAGACACUGGCCAUUUUCUCUGCAAGGACAAGUACUAUGGCAGGAAACUCUCCCCAGAGGGGUUCAGACAAACCUUGCGCCAGUUCCUGUGCAACGGCAACCACCUCCGGACCGACCUGCUGGAGCCCAUCAUCCUGAGGCUGAAGGCCCUGCUGGCUGUUAUUAGGAAGCAAAGCUCUUACAGGUUCUACUCCAGCUCACUUCUCAUCAUUUAUGACGGACAGGAGCAGAAGGAGAACCCAGCACCCUUGGAUAAUCACCUUCACUUCCAAAAAACAAACUGUACCCCGCCGCACGGCACCUCCCCCCCCAGAGUCGACGUCCGCAUGAUAGACUUUGCCCACACCACUUUUAAAGGCUCCAAAUCCUACCACACCACCCACGAUGGGCCAGACCAGGGCUAUAUUUUCGGCCUGGAGAAUCUCAUCAAAAUCCUGCAGAAUAUCUCAGAAGGAAAAUGAGAAAUCCUGUGAAACAGCUUGAAUUUCCUAGUGACUGACGUAGCCCUGAGAAGCACCACCUUGGGUGGGUUGUCCAGAUCCCUCCUGGCUGCUGGACACCAUGUGCUUGGUUUGGAAGAGGAGCAUGGACAGCUUGCUAGGGAAGUUGCAAAACAAAAAAAUAAAUGCUAGGUGCCAUUACUGAGCUGAAGUGUAAAAAGCAGAGAGCUGAAAGAAUCUCUUCUGCCUGCAAUCAAUCAGGAGAUUUAUUCUCCUUCCUUGUUUUCCCACUGUUCUUAUUUGUGAGCCAAAGGGAAGAAUUACUUGAGUCUUAAUGAUCAACCAGGACCUGCUCACCCCCAGGUUUGCAGCACCACUUUCAGCUCCUGCUCAACCUCAAAAGACAUAAAGAACCCAAAGACAUAAAAAGGGACAAAAAAUGCCCACCCUGACGUUUCACCCGCAGGACUCUCGGGUGUUCUUUGGACCCUGUGGGUGUUGGGACACGGAGGUAUAAAUGCUGCAGAGGUUCUGCACUGCUGAAGGGGCAAAAGCAGAAGAAACCUCAGACCAAGAACUGGACCUUGCGAAGGUUUCAUGUCCCUACAGGAUUAUAACAGGGCACAUGUCAGAAAUUUUCUAAGCGAGGUGCUCCGUAGGGGCUGGAAGUGCAAGAAUGUGAUGAUUCUCUCAGAUAGCAGUCACAAAAAACAGUCACAUUGAGGUAUUUUUUGCUUAAAGAAGUAAUAAAGAAGCUAAAAAAAAAAGAAAAGAAAAAAGAAAAAAGAAUGAAAAAAAGUGUGAGAUUGAGUCAGGGAGUAGAUAUUAAAGGUCACCUAGAAAUUCUUUUAUAGAAACAUUGCGUGUGUGUUUAGAAGACACAAUAGCAAAAGGCUCAGAAAUAAUGUUUACAGCUUUUGUGGACAGAUUUUAUGAUUAGAGCCACAAUUCCUUCCUGCAUGGUGUGGGAAACCUAGGAAGAGAAAUCCUUACACAAGGAAUAGAGCUACAGAUCCCCGUUACGGGGGAGUGGGGAUAUAAAUAAAAUGGUCUAAGUAUCUCUCA